AACCAUUGCAAAUGAGCUCAGAAGUCCUUGAGUUCUGGUGCUGGCUCCACCCCAAAUAGCCGUAAGCGCCCAGGCCAGCCUCUGCCUCUUGGCAGGCCCCGACCUCACUCAUUCCCGGGGCCUCUGGCCAACCUUGGUCCGAGGCCUCACCCAUCUGGUCUGCGCACGAUGGGCCUCUCGGUGGCCCCGGUGUGGGGCCCCCCGGGGCUGCUCCUAACCAUGGCUCUCUGCCCGGCUCUCACCCUGUACCUGGCUGAGGCCUUGGCGCCCCCACACCGGGACUACUGCGUCCUGGGCGCGGGGCCCGCGGGCCUGCAAAUGGCCUACUUCCUGCAGCGGGCCGGGCGGGACUACGUGGUGUUCGAGCGCGCCGCGGGGCCCGGCAGCUUCUUCACGCGCUACCCCAGGCACCGCAAGCUCAUCAGCAUCAACAAGCGGUACACCGGCCGGACCAACUCCGAGUUCAACCUCCGCCACGACUGGAACUCUCUGCUCAGCCACGACCCUCGGCUGCUCUUCCGACACUACUCCCAGGCCUACUUCCCCGACGCCGGCGACAUGGUGCGCUACCUGGGCGACUUCGCGAGCAGGCUGGGGCUCCGCGUGCGGUACAACACCACCAUCGCCCACGUCACCCUGGACAAGGACCGGCAGGCCUGGAAUGGCCAUUACUUCAUUCUGACCGACCGGAAGGGCCAGGAGUACAGAUGCAGCGUCCUUCUUGUCGCCACCGGUUUGUCCGUCCCCAACCUGGUGGACUUCCCCGGCUCCGAGCAUGUGGAGGGUUACGAGUCUGUGUCCGUGGACCCGGAGGAUUUUGUGGGUCAGAAUGUGCUGAUCCUGGGCCGAGGGAACUCGGCCUUUGAGACGGCAGAGAACAUCUUGGGCGUCACCAACUUUGUCCACAUGCUGAGCCGCUCCCGAGUGCGGCUGUCCUGGGCCACCCAUUACGUAGGAGACCUCAGGGCCAUCAACAACGGCUUGCUGGACACCUACCAGCUGAAGUCCCUGGACGGGUUGCUGGAGUCCGACCUGACGGAUCUGGCUGUUGUGAAGGACCCCAAGGGCAAGUUCCACAUCACCCUCAAGUUCUACGUGGAGGGAAGCAACCAGAGUGCCGAGGCCAUCCCCCUCCCCCAGGACGACAGCGACAACUUCGCCAUGCGCGUGGCCUACGACCGUGUCAUCCGCUGCCUGGGCUGGAACUUCGAUUUCUCCAUUUUCAAUAAGUCCCUCAGACUGUCUUCAGGGGGUGAGUUCAGCAAGAAGUACCCACUGGUCAGACCUAGCUAUGAGUCCAAAGGAAGCCGUGGUCUCUUUGUCCUGGGCACGGCCAGCCACUCCGUGGAUUACCGGAAAUCUGCUGGGGGCUUCAUCCAUGGAUUCCGGUACACAGUGCGUGCUGUUCACCGGCUGCUGGAGCGUCGCCACCACGGUGCCGCCUGGCCCUCCACCGAGCACCCCAUCACGCAGCUGACCAGCUCCGUCCUCCGGCGCGUGAACGAGGCUUCUGGGCUCUACCAGAUGUUCAGUGUGCUCGCCGAUGUCGUCCUGUUGAAGGAGAACGGCACAGCAUUCGAGUACCUGGAGGAGUUCCCCAUGCAGAUGCUGGCCCAGCUGGAGACGGUCACAGGCAGGCAGGCCAGGCACGGGCUCUUCGUCAUCAACAUGGAGUACGGCAGAAAUUUCUCUGGACCCGACAAGGACGUCUUCUUCUAUGACCGGUCUGUGGGGUACACGGAAGACGCCUGGCAGUCUAACUUCCUGCACCCCGUCAUCUACUACUACAGGCAUCUCCCCACCGAGCAGGAGGUGAGGUUCCGCCCCGCAGACUGGCCCCUGCCGCGGCCCGCAGCCAUCCACCACAUCGUGGAGGACUUCCUGACGGACUGGACCGCCCCCCUGAGCCACGUCUUGCCUCUGAGGCGCUUCCUGGAGAACUGUCUGGGCACCGAUUUGCGAAGCUUCUAUGCAGAGUCCUGCUUCCUGUUCGCCCUAACACGCCAGAAGCUGCCGCCCUUUUGCCAGCAGGGAUACCUGAGAAUGCAGGGGCUGGUGGGAACCGGAAGCCUCCGCCAGCACCGAGUGGAGAGUGGGCUCCUGCAGGACUAUACCGCUGCGGGCAAGCGCAGGGAGGACAGUGGCCAGCGGCCUGGCUUCCAUGAGCCAGUAGAUCAGCCCCAGGCUCCAGGGCCUCUGGACCAGCCCCUCACCAGCAACAAGGAGGAGCUGUGAUGUGCAGGUCUCUCCCACCCAGGCCUUCCUUCCCCAGCACCGUGCUCCCACCAAUGUGUGACUGCCAGAGGCCACUGGGAUCACUGCAGUGACCCCACCAAAGCCACACAGAGCGCGCAAGGGCUAGGGGCGGCCAUGCGGCGGUCUCCCCCCCUCCUGUUGUGUCCAUAGUGCCCAGGAGGUGGGUCCAGAGAAGGACAUCCUCUGCCAGUAGGAGUUGCCUCCCACAGCCAGCUUGUCUGCAAGUGAAUUAUCGCCGAGCACCAGGCUGGCCUCAGUCUGUCCCCAUCAAGUGCCCAGUGGUUCCUUUUC